AUGGACAUGUCAAAUAAUCCGGAAUACGUUAAAGAAACGAAUGAGGUUUGGAAUCGUAAUUUUGCCAGAGCUCGAUAUUGGGGGGCAGGUCUCAUGGGGUACUGGGGUUUGCUAGUGUUAAUUGCCAGUAUAAACAAUUGGUCCACAAGGUUUUAUCCUAGAGCUACGUUAGUGCUUAGAUCUCAAUUGGAUCGCUUCUCACCAAUUAGAUGGUUACGUGGUCAUGUGCUAAUUCCUACGCUGCUGCCGCGCGGUAAGCACCUCAUGCAUAACAGGAUUGGCGGGCUCAUUCCCACUAGAUUUGAGUCUUUGAUACUCUUCAUCUAUUUUGCAUUGGUUUUUAUAGGAGAAAGUGUCAACUAUGAGACUAGCAAACACAACAUAUACUGGCCACAGAAAAAGGAUCAAUUGACUAGAUACGUUGGUGAUCGGAGUGCAAUCAUUUCCAUGUUUAUCAUUAUCCCCACGUACUUGUUUGCCGGUAGAAACAAUUUUUUGCUGUGGCUGACCGGUUGGCGUCAAUCGACUUUUAUGACGUUCCACAGAUGGCUUGCACGUAUGGCUGUUGUAUCAUCCUUGGUGCACACGUUUACCAUGUUGCUCAAUGAUUACUGGUUGCAUACAGUUCAUCUUAGAAAAUACACACAAUAUUGGAGAUGGGGAUCUGUAGCUAUUAUUUGUGGAGUCAUCAUGGUUGUACAAUCAUUACCAUUUCUAAGACGUAGCUGGUAUGAAAUUUUCCUAUAUGGACACAUCAUUUUAGCUCUAUUCUUUCUAAUCGGAGUCUGCAUCCAUCUAACGGUACUAGGAUAUGGACAAUAUGCAUAUGCGGCGGCAUCAGUUUGGGCAUUUGAUAGAUGUAUUCGUCUAAUCAGAUUAGGUUGCUUCGGUAUUAGGUAUGCAAACGUCUCUAUUACUGACGAGAAGCAUCUUUUGGUAAUCAUCGAUGAUUCUGCUCAAGUAUGGGAUAAAAAGCCUAAACCAGGUGCAUUUGGUUACUUAUAUUUUUUAACAGGACCCUUCAGUUGGUUCCAAUCUCAUCCAUUUAGCGUUAUUACUAUUGAAAACAGUAAUUCCAUCGCAUUUCAAGUUACUGUCAAAAAUGGUUUAACCAAGAGACUUUAUAAUGAUCUCAUUUCAAAAGCUGACCAAACAAGUCGAAUGAAAAUUAUGCUAGAAGGAUUCUACGGUGAAUAUAAACCAGUACGCGGAUAUGACCAAGUGAUGAUGUUUUCAAGUGGUGCAGGCGCUAUUAGUCCAUUAGAAUAUCUCAAAGAAGUUGUUGACCACAACAGCAACACUAACAGUAACCAAGAACAUCAUAACGUCAAAUAUGUCAAAUUUUAUUGGAUGGUCCCAGAUUUAUCAUACACAAGGGUUCUUGCACCAGAAUUGAUAAAAUUGCAAAAGCUCGAGUAUGUGCACCCCAUCAUUUACGUGACGCAGCCGCAAUCGAAAUUUCAAUCCAUUGGGAGCGUCCCCAGUGGUGACGAAAACAGUAGCAGCAGUGUAAACCAGGCUGCAGAAGACUUGGAAAAAAGUAAAGGUGACAAAACUAAGGAUACUUCUAUUACAGUUAAUUCUACGGAAGAGGCAAUUCCGAUCUCAUCAAAAUUAGAGUCCGAAUUGGUGAAUUCUUGCGAAAUUCAUUACGGUAGUAGACCAGACUUGAAUCAAUUGCUAAUACAAGAUCUACAAGAGACACAACCAUCUGAUCAUGUUGCGGUUAUGACUUGUGCACAUCCGGCGGUAUGCGACCAGAUCAGAAGCAUCGUCGCUGAAGAAACUUCGAUAAAAAAAGGAAGAUCCGGUACGCUGGACCUCAUUGAACUACUUCAAUCCUGGUAG